AUGCAGUAUUUCGCGCCUUUUUGCCUCGUCCUUUGCGUAUACCUGGCGGCAAAUCUAGCUCAUGGAGCACCAACAAUGACAGAUGCUCAAUUGGAUCAGACGUUAGCUGAUAGGAAUACAAUGCAACGUCACUUGAAGUGUGCUUUAGGCGAGGGGCCAUGUGACCCCGUUGGCAUACGCCUCAGAACCUUAGCUCCAUUGGUGCUACGCGGUGCGUGUCCUCAAUGUUCCGAAAUAGAAGCGGAGCAAAUUCGUCGGACCCUGGCAUACGUCCAAAGGAACUAUCCUUGGGAGUGGGCGAAGAUAGUCCGCCAACAUGGA